ACCCCAAACCCGCGACCACCCCGGCCGGUCGCCGGUCGCCGGUCGCCGGCGAGAUGCUGCCCUACCCCCGCGAUCGCCUGGUCGCAGCCGCGCCGUACCCUGCUGCGACGGCCUCCUCCUCCUCGCUCUCCCCCUCGGCCGCUCCCUUCACCGUCGACGACUGCCCCCGCCCCGCCCCCGCGGAUCCCAGGGUCCCCAACCCUUCCUCCCUCGAUCUCCCCACCGCGCCUUCCCUCCACGCCGCCGCCGGUGACUGGGGGAGCGCGUCUUGGAUGGAACCCCCCGCCAGCUACAUGGCCCCCGCCCCUCCGUCGUCGUACAAAGGUGAAGUUCCUGAAAGUUCACCAUAUGGUAUAUUCUCUGGGACGCACUGUGGUAACUUUCUAGAUAUACGUCCAUUGAGAUCAGAGAGCUCACAAUCAACAAGUGCAAAAGGUCCAGGAACUUGGCUAGGAAGUUCAGAGGUUCUUCCCAGUGGUGUUGGGCCAUCAGUUUUUAGUCGGCAACAGAAUAACUUUUUGCAUAAAUCAGAAGAUGCAGAUCCUUAUCCUACGCAGCAAGGUUUAUUACAGUAUCCUGCAUACGACAAAUACAUGCCACAUCUUUCGUCAUGCUCAACAGAUGCACCAGCAGCCCCUCCCAUGAUGUGGACGCCACCUGUCAAUUCAUCUGAAGUGGCUGCACAAAUGUUUUCAGUGAUGAAUAAGAAUACUGGGGAAAGUUCUUCCUCUUUUUCUCCAUAUAUGAACCCUUGUAGAAUCAAUCUUGAUUAUUUUGAUUGCAUGUGGAAUGAGCAAAAAGAUCAUGGGCAUCAUAUUGCUGAUAAACACCAUAAAAAAUGGGGUAGCUCUGCGACGGCAAGCAAUAUGGCAGCAGGGGGGAACCAUCUGCUUAACUCUAUUGGAGAAGACCACCAUGUAGGUAGGUGUUUGGGAAAUGGAAGACCUAUGCAGGAAUCUUCAGAGAUAAAAUAUGAUUGGGGCAACAUUAAUUCCAAAGUUUCUCCAUCUGAGGUUGGAUAUGUGCAGCCUCGUGAAUUUUCGUCUGAGUUGCCUGAGGUCAAUAACCCCACUGUUGACUCACCUUGUUGGAAGGGUGCACCAGUUGCAUAUUCUCCUUCAUUUGGUAUUAUUAAAAAUACUGACAAUCCCCAUUGUGUAAAAGGAGUAGGUUGCUAUAACAGUUCGCAUCAAAUCGAGCAGUCUCCUGAAUGGAGUUUAAAGUAUUCAGAGCUUUUCUCCAAACAGCAGGAAUUAUUAGCUUCUGAAAAUGUGAAAAGUGAUACUUUGAAGACAUUUAAGUUGCCUAUGACACGCAAGAACUCUGAAGAUCAUAAGGCAGUACCUCCAAUCUGUGAUGGGGUUCAUAAUGGUAUUGAUAACCAUAGUUAUUUUCUUGAAGAACAAAAUGCCAGAAGACACAGAUAUUAUGGUUCUGCAGAAGGUUUUAAUAACGUGAUGGCUGCGAGUCAACAGGAAAAUACUUCAGUUAGCAAAGCCAAACUCCUAGGUGAGGAUAGUGCCAACCAUAUUGCGAGCAUAACUGAAGAAUCAAUUAACAAAGGGCCAAGUCCUCUUGGCAGUGCUCCUAGGGUUCCUAUUGAGAAUCUGAGUGAAAGCCUACAUGUUAAUGUUUCUUCUCAAGCUGCAAGGGCACAGGAAUGCACACGACCUCAAAUACUUGCAAACGGAGGUCAAGAUCAAUAUUGCUAUCAUCCAGAUGCUCGGGAGAACAUGUUGAAGACGUCUUGUGAUUCAAACCCUAAGUCUCGGGUAGUACUUUUGAAACAAAUGCAUGAUUUGUCAGCAAUGCUUCUAUCCAAUUGCAAUGGCGGUCCUUCAUUACAGGAACAUGAAGAGGAGCUUCUGCAAUUAGUGAUUCAAAAUCUUAGAGAUGCUAGUUUCAGUAGAAGCAAGGUUCAAAAUACGAGUUGUUCAAAGAAUAACUUAUGGAUGGCAAUGCCUGAGGACUCAUUGCUAGAGAAUACUUCAGAAUUGAAGACCUCUAUUUCACAGGCUGUUGCUAAACUCCCAGAGGAUAAGAUGCUUGAUGAUACUGAUAUUUCACAAUUGUCGAUCUACAAAAAUUUGUGGGUUGAAGCAGAAGCAUCAGCAUGUAAGCUCAAAUAUGAGCUUCAACUUAUCCGCGUGAAGCUUGCAACAAUGAAAAAUCAUAACACACAAGGUACUGUCGACUCAUCGAAAGACAAUAACACAUUUAUCUCAACCAUAUCCACUAGUAAACUGCAAAACUAUGACAAAGAGAUCACUGCCUAUCCUGUGAACUUGCAAUGUCUAGGAGGAGAUAGUUGUGACGGGCAACCUUCUUCGGUAAAUAGGAGCAUCGUCGAUGGUGCUGAUGCUGAGGUGAUUGAUCAAUGGAAUUUCUUACAGUCCAAUUUUGAUAAUUAUCGCUCUUUUUGCGCAAACAACAACAAAGAGCAGGAAGAAGCAAGCCAAAAACCAUGUCCAAUUGAAGAUGCUGUUAUGGCCAGGCUGAGGGUUUUGAAUUCGCGUCCUAAUAACAUAGCCUCUUCGAAACAGGAAAACAACAACAACCAGCUAGAUACGAGCACAAACAGAGAAGCUAAUAUUGAUGAUGCUGUUAUGUCUAGGCUGAGAAUUUUGAAGUCCCGUCCUGAUAAUGUAACCCCAUUGGGUCAGGAAAGCAGCAAGCUUGAGCCAGAUGCUGCAAGCACAGACAGAACAGAUUUGAUUGACAAUGCUGUUAUGUCUAGACUGCGAAUUUUGAAGUGCCGCAAUGAUAACAUAAAUUCACUGGUUGAUGUCAGCAAGAAGUGUGUAGAAGACUGUACUGAUCAACCAAAUAGGGAUGAAUAUGAUGUUAUCGCAAAAAUGCAAGCUCCAAGUGGAAACAGCAUUGCUGAGGAGUGCCAAAAUAUUCCGUAUUCUGAUAAUUUUGUAAAGCACUCAGAAGGAAAGGAUUUUGUUGGUGGUCUAGACUCGCUUGUUGAUGCAACUUGUGGUGAUGAAGAUAGUGGUUGCAAGGAUCAAGUGAAUGACAAAAGUGCGGUCCAAAGUGAAGGUAGUCUUGCCAUGAACCAUGGUUGGCCUGAAACUACUAUGGACUCUCACUCUCGAGUUUGUACUGCAGGGUCACAAGAGACACCCCCACUCCCCUCUUCAGUUCACAAAUAUGAUAUGUUUCCGCCAGAGUGGGAGCAUGUGCUGAAGGAGAACUUCUUCCAUCCAGGCAAAUAAGCAAUGGAGGGAACCCAACUGAAAGCUAUCAAGGAGAUGAAGCAACUAGGUUUGCUCAUGUUGUUCCAACAUGCUUAUUGUACAUAUAUGCUAUCCUAAUGUCGGAACCAGAAAUAUCCUUGGUCCUUUUCCUUUCUGUGACCAGUAUAUAAUGAUACACAAAUGGUCAGCAUAAACAUCUCAUACAGUAUGUGUAUCUGGUCGGAUCUAGUUAUAUCUACUGUACAUAAUAAUUGUCCCUAUUAUGGAGUUGUCA